GCCACUUUACCCUGGAAGCAGUUCUUCAUGGACGGUCAGCCUAAUUCACAGUGGGGAUUACUCGUGUUGUCAUGUGCUUUACACACUAAAUGAUCAGUUCCCAACAGGUGAUGUUUAAUAGGAUAAAUUCAUGGCGGAUAUUACAAAUCUAGAGAGUGAAGAAGAUCUACAGGCUCAAAUCGAAGAGAUAGAGGCUUUGUCUUCUAUCUAUGGAGAUGAGUGGUGUGUGAUAGAUGAAGCGUCCAGAAUAUUUUGCAUCAAAAUCUCCAGCGACGCUGAGGAGCAGAAAAUGACAGCAUGCCUGCAGAUAAUUCUUCCACCUGAUUAUCCAAGCACAGCACCACCUAUCUAUCAGAUCAAUGCAGCGUGGUUGCGAGGCUCCGAGAGGGCCAAAUUGGCAAACAGCCUGGAAGACAUCUACGUGGAGCAUGCGGGGGAGAGCAUCCUCUACCUGUGGGUGGAAAGAAUCAGAGACUUUCUAGUGGAAAAAUCCUGCAGCUCAGAAUCAGUUGUCCAACAAGAAAACGUGAACAUAACUGCCGAGGAGGAAGUGGUAGAUGAUGAAGAUGUACCCAAUUUCAGCCUUCUCAGGGUAGAAAAAGCACACCUCUUCAUGGAUCAGGCAAACGAUGAGGAGAUACCUCCAAUAAAAAAUGGAAACCCCAUCACGGACCGACGCAGCACCUUCCAGCCUCAUUUGGCACCUGUGGUCACUCCAAGCCAGGUUAAAAUGGUGCUGGAGAAACUUUAUGAAAACAAGAAGAUUGCCAGUGCCACUCAUAAUAUUUAUGCCUACAGGAUUUUCUGUGAGGACAAGCACAGCUUCCUGCAGGACUGCGAGGACGACGGCGAGACAGCAGCGGGGGGGAGAUUGCUUCAUUUACUACAGGUUAUCAUUCGCCGAGUCAUUGUCUGUUUCAGCCGCGUUCCUUGGAUUCUGGACGUGCGAAACGUCAUGGUGAUUGUGUCUCGGUGGUAUGGAGGCAUUUUGUUGGGUCCAGACCGUUUCAAGCACAUCAACAAUUGCGCCAGAAAUAUUCUGAUGGAGGAGGGAUACAUUGCCUCCACGAUGUUCUGCAGGUCUACACAAGAAGAAAUGAAGGGGACCAUGAGGAACAUAAAGUUAGGUCAUGUCUUUCAAGAUGAGGCGUACAAGUCGGGAGCAAAGACCAAAAGACCAAAAAGCAAGAAGACAAAGUGAAGUUCAGAAGAAAAAAGGAUUUGUUUGUUUCUUAAAUAAAUAAAAAGCUUGCUUUUAGGUGA